AUGGAGGACAAUUAUACCAUAGCUCGAGAUCAAUCAGAAGGACAUAAGGCUUUAUUAGAAUUAGAAAAAAAAUUUAAUAAAAAGGCACGGUCAGCAGCUCUCAACAUUCAAGGAUCCCAAAUUCAAGCUUUGACUGGCUUUAUUCAUAUUUUUGAACAAUACCCAUAUCCUGUUGUUAUCAAUGCUGCUAUACUUAAAUUAGCUGAUUGGUUUCGUACAUACAAUAAUAGUGUUAAAUAUUACAUUUAUAAAGUAUUCAAAGAGGCAUCUGAUCUUCAUUUGGCAAAAGUGAUUAAUGUAGAAGAAACUGUAAGACGUAUUUUACCUGUACUUGGUAGUAAUGAUCCUAUUGCUCGCUCCAUUACACUUCGUGUAUUGGGUUGUAUGUCAAUGAUUAUCAGUGAAAAGCUCGAUGUUCAAUAUGGUAUCCUUCAACAACUUGAAUUAGCAAAAGAUAGAAUUGAACUUGAAGCAGCUAUUUGGGCAGGAGACCAGAUAUGUGCGAAAUCAAAUAGAUUUCCUUCAGUUAUUUUUUCAAAGAUUGUAGAUAAAUUAGCAAAUCCAGAUACACAAUUUGAUAUCAAACUAAGACUUGUGAAAAUAUUUCGACAUAUGCAUCAAGAUAUUAGUAUGGCAAGACAUGCAAAGUCGACCUGUUUAUCCUUACUAGAAAAUCCGAAUACAGAUAGUAGACUUAUCAUCAUUACUUUAAGAACAUUAACAUUAUUACUGAAUGAAGCUCUGAUUGAUAGAAAAGAACAAGUAAGUACUAUAUAA